AUGGCUAACUUAGCAAACACCAUGGAAGCGAAUGCUGCUGCGACUCUGCAAGCUGUUCAGAGGUUAGGCCAACCGACGGGGAAUGGCAAUGGGAACGGAGAAGGAAAUGCCAAUGAUAAUGCUGAGGGAAAUGGCGAUAACACGAGAUUGGUUCCGAUGACCUUGGCGACGUUUCUCAAGGUUCAUCCGCCAAUUUUCCGAGGGUCCACAAAUCCUACUAAAGCGGAUCACUGGUUCCAGGCUAUGGAGCAUGCUUUACAGGCGCAUCAUGUUCCUCUUAAUCAAUAUGUAGAGUUUGCCGCUUAUCAGCUAGCGGGAGAGGCCCAGCCCUGGUGGCAAGCUGAGUGUCGUUUGCUACAGCUUCAGAAUGCCGACAUUCCAUGGGAGGGUGACCCAGAGACUUACGAGAGCUGGAGAUGCGUUAAGUACCAGAGGGGUUUGAAGGAGAGCAUUAUGACUGCUGUGGCUCCUAUGGAGAUCCGUGUCUUCUCUGACUUAGUGAAUAAGGCUAGAGUAGUGGAGGAGUAUGCCAAGACUGUGGCGGUAUCUAAGGACACUCAUGGAGGGAGCUCUAGUCGUGAGCGUGGCAAAUAUUUUCAUACGAAUGGACAAAGCUUCAAAAGAGGAGGAUAUGCACCUCAAGGCCAAGGGGGCUUCAGAAAGAACAAUCAGAAUCAGUUUCAGUAUGCUAGGGGAAGAAGAAAUCAGAGUAAGGAUUCUCCGGAUUUAGCUUGUAAUCAUUGUGGACGUUUUCACCCUUAUGACUCAUGCAAGAUUGGUUUAGGUGGUUGCUUCAAGUGUGGGUUGCCUGGCCACAUUGCGAAGGAUUGCCCUCGUUGGAGGAAUCAGAAUGCCGGCCAGAGUCAGCAUCAAGGCCGAGUCUUUGCUGUGAAUGCUAAGGAUGCUUCUAAGGCGGAUCCGUUGAUAAGAGGUAUAUGUCUAGUUGGUGAUAAAUCUUUAGCUGCAUUAUAUGAUACUGGAGCUUCGCAUUCGUUUAUUUCGUUUUCUAAAGUUGAGGAAUUAGGCUUGAAAGUGUCAGAGGUACCUUUUGAUCUGCAUGUACAUACUCCGCAUCAAACAGUUAUGACUAGCUCAGGUUGUAGACAAUGGGAGGAGUGUCAGGGUUAUAUUCUGUUUGCUGCUAAUGCGUCGGCUGAUGCCCAGAACUUAGAUCAGAUACCGUUGGUUAGAGAUUUUCCAGAAGUAUUCCCGGAAGAUAUCCCUGAGUUCCCACCUCAGAGGGAAAUUGAAUUUACGAUCAAAUUGGUGCCGGGAGCUGGACCAGUGUCGAUUGCGCCAAAUAGAAUGGCUCCGAUAGAGCUGAAGAAAGAUAGAGGAAUGCGUUUGUGCAUGGAUUAUCGACAGUUGAACAAGGUGACUGUGAAGAACAAGUACCCGCUGCCAAGAAUAGAUGACUUGAUGGAUCAAUUGCAAGGAGCUGGAGUGUUUUCCAAGAUUGAUUUGAGAUCUGGUUACCAUCAGAUAAGGGUGAAGGAGGAUGAUAUUCUUCAGACUGCGUUUAGGACACGCUAUGGACAUUACGAGUUUGCGGUAAUGUCCUUUGGGUUAAUGAAUGCACCUGCUAUUUUCAUGGAUUACAUGAACAGAGUCUUUUGUCCCUUUUUAGACAAAUUCAUGGUGGUUUUCAUAGAUGAUAUCUUAGUUUAUUCUAAAACGGUGAAAGAGCAUGAGGAGCACUUGAGGAUUGUGUUGCAAAUCUUGAAGGAGCGGAAGUUGUACGCUAAGUUAUCAAAGUGCGAGUUUUGGAAGGAGGAAGUAAAGUUCUUAGGCCACGUGGUGAGUAAAGGAGGAAUAGCUGUUGAUCCUUCUAAGGUAGAAGCGGUGAUGGAAUGGGAGAGAUCGACGACUGUGACGAAAGUCAGGAACUUUUUGGGUUUAGCCGGAUAUUACCGGAGAUUUAUCGAAGGAUUUUCCCGGAUUGCGCUACCAAUGACAAAGCUGACAAGGAAAGAAGUGCCAUUCGUGUGGACAUCGGAGUGCGAAGAGAGUUUUCAGACGUUAAAGCAGAGAUUAACUUCAGCACCUGUUCUAAUCUUACCGGAACCGCAUGAAGCGUUUGAAGUGUACUGUGACGCUUCCUUGAAGGGUUUGGGUUGUGUGUUGAUGCAACACCAGAACGUGGUGGCUUACGCAUCGCGUCAUCUGAGACCGCAUGAGGUGAAUUACCCCACUCAUGACUUGAAAUUAGCGGCGAUUCUAUUUGCAUUGAAGAUUUGGAGACACCACUUGUACGGAUUAAAGUUUAACAUCUUUUCUGAUCAUAAGAGUCUCAAGUAUAUCUUUGAUCAGAAGGAGCUUAAUAUGCGCCAGAGAAGGUGGAUGGAGUUGCUUAAAGAUUAUGAUUUCGAGUUGAGUUAUCACCCUGGGAAGGCGAACGUAGUAGCAGACGCUCUGAGUCGGAAAUCUUUAACAAUUGCUUGGAUGAGAAUCAAGGAAGAGGAUCUAGUAGAUAAGUUUUUGGAUCUUAAGCUGGAUAUUGGUGAAGUUGCUGGGAGAGCUUGUUUGAACUAG